AUGGCAGCUGUGGAGAAAAAUAGGACCAGGGAUCUGCAACAUGAUGUGCCCCUCCUGUAUCUGAACUCCACUCCAAAAAGGGAUAAGGAUCAUAUACUGAGACCUCCAUUCAUUCUGGUGACAGUUCUUCCAGGAGACCGACUGGCUUGCCCAACUCAGAAAACAGGAUCCCACAUUCCGGGUAGUUCACAAGCUCUCAGUUACCUAUGUGGGCUACCAACUGCUGUAGUAAAAGGUUUCCUAGCAAGAGCAAAAGUAAAUAACUCUGAAGUUCAGGCAGGCCACAGGCAGAAGGGUCAGGAUUCUAUCAGUUCAUCCCAGGCAGUAUCUGGCAGUCCUCUGGCACUGAUAGUGGGCGGCACACAAAUCAGCAACUCGGCUUCUAAGAGGGGUGGCAAUAAUACAAGGUCAUAUAUGGCUUUGCCAAGAGGCUCAAUACUCUUUCCACCUAAAGUCCCACAAAUAAGAGCCCCUGCAUACUUUCCCACCCUUAGAUCAGGAGCAAUAAUAAGGUUGCCUCCAGGAAAUAGAUUAGGCUGCUGCAGAAGGCUGGCUGAUCUUUCUUUCACAUGCAGAGGCCCAGGGAAUCCUGUGGAUAAUUGA